AUGUGUUCAAAGCGAGUUUCUAUUGAUAAUAUUUCAGCUAAACGCCUAGUUCAGAUAGUAGCACCACUGGCCAUUUUGGUCUCAACAGUUUGUGCUCAAAAGAGUACUGUAAGCGAUAAAAAUGCGAAAAGCGAAAAACAAGUCCAUGUGCUCAAAGUGGAUCACCAAAAAUUAUCGGAAAAGCCAGUGCAGAGUUCAAAAAAGAAUGAAACUCCGCCGAAGCAACUGAAAAAGAAUGAGAAAGCACCGGCAGUGGUUGUUCGUACCGGAAAUGAUGUCCACAAAUCAAUUGAGGAGGCUGUCGCUGAAGGGCUUAUUCUCGAUCCAGCGCCAUUUAAAAAUGAGGGAAAUCUUGACUUGAAGUCUUCAAAACACUCGAAAUUUGGCGAAGAAAUCCAAAAAAUCAUCGAAAAUCCGAUAUCGCAUUCUAGUGAAACGUCCGGAUCGAGUUGCAGCGAUGAAAGCAAUGAAAAGAAGCGGGUUGUUGUUCAUCCAUCUCAGUGUAGAAUAUUCGAGACCACGAAUCAAGUUACCGAACCAAUGAGUUCCCACUAG